AUGUCCGAUCAAAACCUUCGAGAUUUCAUCCUGAAGUACCCAUAUCCUGCGUUCGUUCUCGAUGCGAAGCCUGCAGUAGGGCACCUCGGCCCUUCCUUGAAGCCUUCGCUCUCAAACAAGCAUUUCAGAAGACUAUUGAGGGUGAAAAAUAAAGCACAUGCUCUGACAAGCUGGCUUGAGCUUUUCGGAUCUGUCGAUGACGUGAAACACUUCACGCUCUGGGUCUUCGGAUCGGGAGGCACAUAUGAGGAGAGUCAGCCUACGUUCACCGUCAAUCUCGUGCUGUCAUGGGCGCGGCCAGAAUACUCUCAUGUAAAAUUGCAACUGAUUAAAACUGCCGUCCCGCACGAGGUAUGGGUUAUUACGUCUCUUCCUCUUUCCCCUUUACCUCCAAGCAGCACACCCGAAUCCACAGCUGCACCGGUCGCUAGGCAGUCUAUUCAACUGCCUGUUCCCGUGAAUUUGCGAAUACCACAUCCCCGCUCCAUUUCCGCCACCCCAGAUCUCAAGUCUUCCGGAAAUAGACCCUUGGUAAUCGAUCACCAAGACCACACAUUUCAUCCUUUGCACACAGCUGACAGCGGAGUGUCCCCGGAGAUGAUCCAAGAACACAAGCAGCUUUUCAAAAAUUUCCCGUGGCAUGAAACUGCCCUCGGCGCACCAGAGACGUGGCCAGUUGCUCUCCACUGCUACACCUCGUACAUGCUCGAUAACCCCUACCCUAAAGCUCUUUGGUGGGGUCAAGAGUAUGUGUUUAUCUACAAUGCUGCCUACGCGGCUAUGUGUGGCAAGAAACAUCCAGGGAUGUUCGGUCAGACUGGACCGGUUGCCUGGCAGGAGAUAUGGGAAAUGAUCGGCCCCCUUGCUGAUAGCGUACUGAACAAAGGGAACGUGAUAGCAAAGCAAGAUGAUCUUUUAUUCUUUGACAAACUAACGGCUGCCAUGCUUCCCGAGGAGACUUACCACUCUUGGUCCUACGUCCCUGUAAUCAGCGACGACGGAAAAAUCGCGGGAUUCUUGAAUUCAUCGUUUGAGACAACGGGCCGUGUCAUGGCAGAACGCCGUCUUCAAUGCUUACGACACUUAGGCGAGCGCUCAGCUCUUGCCUCGACGACCGAGGCGUACUGUCAAGCAAUACUGGAUGUUUUCAGUGCUACUCAGGUAGAUGCUCCAUUUGCUGCACUAUACUACAUCAGGGAAGAGGCCGUCAAGGAUCAUGACGAAAUGGUAGCUGGACGAAGUAAAAAGCCGUUGAUCUCUGCGCUUUUGCAGCUCGCCGGUACUGUCGGCAUCCCAGCCAAGUCAUCUGGCAACCCCCUCGCUCAUUCAAAAUUUCGUAUGGAAUUCGGGCGUGCGACGAAUUCUGACACAAUCCCGAAAUCACAGCGGGAAGCCAGUAUAUCUCUUUCUACUUUAGUCAGUAAUAUAUGCUGGAGGCAGCAGUCCAAUGCAUCCGAUGACAGUGGAUCUACCGUUACCUCAUCACGAGGUGACGGGUCAUCUGAUUCAGACUCCGUAACCAGAUAUACAGUGGACAGCCUUGAUGCCUAUGAUUGGAGGCCAUGGAUCGCCGAGGCGUCAAGGCAGAAGCAAGCCAUCCUCGUCCCCAGUUUACCGUUAUCGGCGACCGAAGGUGUCGGGAAAAAUCGUGGGUGGAACGAUACAGUCCGAGAUGCGAUCGUGAUCCCCAUCUCGGCUGAAGGACGCGAACUUGAUCAGGCAGUUCUUAUCCUUGGCGUCAACACUCGUGCACCGUACAAUAGGGAAUAUGCGAGUUGGAUUGAUGUUGUCCGGAUGACUCUUAGUUCGGCGCUCACGGCGGUGCUCAGCCGAGAGGCAGAAACUCAGCGCGCAAAUCAACUUGCUCAGUUGGACGCAGCGAAGACUGCAUUCUUCUCGAAUGCAUCGCAUGAGCUGCGGACUCCGCUCACACUGAUUACCGCCCCACUUCAGGAUGCUAUCAGAUCGGUGGAUAAUCGGAAAGUGAAAGAUCAUCUGCAACUUGCGGCUCGCAACGCUGCCCGGUUAAGCCGUUUGGUGGACUCGCUCAUGGACUUCUCCAAGAUUGAAGGCGGGAAAUUACUAGGCCGUUAUUCGCCCGUCAUGCUCGCGUCAUUUACCUCAGAUUUGGCUGCAUUAUUUCGGAGUACGAUAGAGAAGAGUAAUAUCGAAUAUAGGGUGGAAUGUGAUCCUGCUGACAAUCGUAUUGCUUAUGUGGAUCCCGAGUUAUGGGAGAAAGUCGUUUUCAAUCUAAUAGGGAAUGCGUUUAAGUACACACUUGAAGGGAGUAUCAUCGUGAAAGUGGAAUUUGAUUCUGGUUGCGCUAUGUUCUCAGUUCGGGAUACUGGUGUUGGGAUACCAUCACAAGAUCUUGACAAAGGUGAUCCCAUUUCGAAGUCUGCGUCCGUGUUCCUCAUUCCGAUUCCCUGUCUAGUUUUCGAUCGGUUCCACCGUGUUGAAGCUACAUCAAGAAGCCAGGAAGGGACCGGCAUUGGCUUAUCGCUGACUAGGGAACUUGUGCGGCUCCACGGAGGUACAGUCGAAGUACAAUCCAGGACGGCAGCUGAGUCGAACGAUGGGUCGCAUGGCACCACCUUCACAGUCUUGAUUCCCACUGGUAAUGAACAUAUCCCAUUAACACAUUUAGAGGAAAAUUCCCCGACAGUUGUGACGCCUCAGAGAGUUUACGCUCGAGGUAUCAUCGACGAAGCCGCCCAGUGGGGCAAAGUCAAUGAUAUAAAUUCUUCAAACGAGACUUCCAACGAUUCAGAAGGAGGAAUGAGUACAGGAAGUGUGGACUCGGGGACGCUUUUCUUUAUGCAAAGUGAUAUCAUCUUAAUUGUCGAUGAUAACGCCGAUAUGAGAAAGUACAUGAAAUCACUUUUUGUUAAGUAUUGCACGGUAUUAGAAGCAUCAAAUGGGCAAGAAGCCUUGGAUAUGAUGCAUUCUGCCCACACAAAGCCCCACAUUGUUGUUGCGGACCAAAUGAUGCCCGUCCUAGACGGAAUAAGCUUGUUGGCGGCAAUGAAAGCGUGCCAGGAUUUGCGGUUGAUUCCAGUGGUCAUGGUGACUGCGGCAUCUACUGACGACCAGAAAUUGGAAGGGCUUCUCUCUGGGGCUGACGAUUAUAUCGCCAAACCCUUCGCCGCUAAACAUUUGGUUGCCCGAACCCAUCUCCAGUUACAAAUAGGUAAACGGAGAGUGGAACUUGACGCGAAAUUCAAACGUCGCACCUCUGAACUUCGAGCACUCUCUGAGCUGGCACCAGUGGGCAUUUUCCGCGCAGACAUGGACGGCACUAUUGUCUAUGCAAAUCCAAAAUGGCAUGAACUCACAGGUCAUCCCAGUGAUCGACCGCUGAGUGACUGGACAGAGUGCGUCGUUGACGAACACCGAAAUGCCGUGAUCGAAGCGUGGGAUCGGCUGUUCGAAGAUCACUUGCCUGUCAACAUUGAAUUUACUUUUAAGUCGGGUCGGACCGUUCAAGCUCAGAUCGGGAUGCUUGAUCACCUCACAACAAAGGGGAUGGGUGCAAUGGGCACACUCACUGAUAUUAGCGAGCGUCGAAUGCUUCAAGAGGCUCAACUGGCCCACGCAGAGGAGCGAGAGGCUGCAGCAAGACAAAGCGCAGCAGAGUCGGAACUUCGGCGACAGGAAGCUGAGGACCGCAGGCGCGCCCAAGAACUUCUUAUUGAUGUCACUUCUCACGAACUGCGGCAACCUGUUUCUGCCAUUCUGAACUGCGCCUCAUUGAUACGGUCUAAUUUCACCAAAUUACGCAAAGAACUAGAAAAGUCGCUUUCGCAAAAGUCUGAAUUUAGGCCUGACAUGGCUUUGCUGAACACCAUGGAUGAAGAUUUGGAAGCAUUAGACGCGAUCUAUCAAUGUGGGUUGUCGCAGGAGCGAAUAGCGAACGACGUUCUUUCUUUGUCAAGGAUCCAGCUUGAGGUGUUAUCGAUCCUGCCUGUUGAUUUCGUCCUCGCGGACGAAGUCCGGCGGGUAUGUUCCCUCUUCAACAAUGAACUUUCUAUGAAAAAUAUCACUUUCAUGCUGACAUUUGGAGAAUCGAUCGGGCGGCUCGGUAUUACUCAUGUACGCCUAGAUAAGGCACGAUUUGCGCAAAUCAUGACUAAUCUAUUGAGCAAUGCAAUAAAGUUCACUGAUAUAAGUCAUCAUCCGAAGAGGGUCAUUCAUGUUAAUGUGGAUGUGGCAUGCCAAGCACCAGCAGAUUCAACAUGUCUUCCUCCAUCUCAUCCAGAGGAUGAGCGAGUAUCAACUAAUCGUCAACGAAUAUUUUUGUAUCUGUCGGUUCGUGAUUCUGGCCCUGGACUGAAACCUGAGGAUCUUGCUCUUUUAUUUCAAAGAUUUGCUCAAGGAAGCAAUUCACAUGAAGUCUUUGGAGGAUCAGGGCUCGGCUUGUUUGUUUCCCGCAAGUUGUGCGAGCUCAUGGGGGGUCGGAUUGAGGUGUCCAGCGAAUACGGACGUGGAGCCACAUUUCGCUUCUUCGUUCAAGGCGAAUCAUUUAUCCCCCCUAUACCGCCCGCCCCUGCUGCACCUGGACAAGAAAGCAAGAUAGAGGUUAAGGAUCCUGCUCCUGUUCCUUUGCGGGUGCUUAUUACUGAAGACAAUCAAAUCAAUCAGACCGUUUUGAAUCGCCAGUUGCGAAGAGCAGGAUGCUUAACAACGCUGGCUAGCGAUGGUGUAGAAGCGAUCAGAGCCAUCAAGGAGCUCUACACUGCAAAUGAAGAGGGUGUUGGGCAACAAUUUGACGUUAUCCUGAUGGAUUGCGAGAUGCCAGUCAUGAACGGGUACGACGCAACGAGAGAGAUACGGAAAAUGGAGUCGGAAGGCUUGCUCGGACAUCGGAACUACAUUGUUGCUCUCACUGGUAACGCUCGGGAGGCACAGGUCAGGAGCGCCCUGGACGCUGGAAUGGACAGCGUCACGAUGAAACCUUACAAGCUCGAGGAACUUCUUAAGACCAUGAGAAUCAACACUGCACAUCACCAGCAACAAAGCACCGAUAUAUCUUGA